AUGGCGACGCCCAAGAGGACCAACUCGCCGGCGGCGAUGCCUCCCGCGCCCAACCGCGAGGAUGCUUUGGCGACAUGGAACUACUUGGAGGCAGGCAUAGAACGCAUCAUGCUUCACUUAGAGUCCGGUAUCGACAUGCAUACUUACAUGGGAGUCUACACGUAUAGCCUCACUCGCACCCCCACGCCCUCGACAGUUUGCUAA